CAAUCCUCAGCAAAAUGGUGUUUGUAAGAGGAAAAAUAAAUCAGUUAUGACUAUGGCUCGGUGUCUCUUGUUUGAGAAGAACUUGCCAAGAAAAUUCUGGGCUGAGGCUGUGAAUACUUCUGUAUAUCUGCUCAACAGAGUUCAAACAAAGGCACUUGAUAGGAAGACACCAUAUGAAGUCUGGUUUAGAAUUAAACCAACCAUUCGUCAUCUCAAGGUCUUUGGUUGCAUUUGUUACAUGCAUAUUCCAGAUGCAAAAAGGGAUAAACUUGAUCAUAGAGCUGAAGUUGGAAUUUUUAUAGGUUACAGCAGUCAAUCAAAGGGCUACAGGGUGUUUAAUGUGAGGACUGGAAAGAUUGAAGUCAGUAGAAAUGUGAAGUUUAAUGAAGCUGCAACUUGGAAUUGGGAGAAUUCAGAAGUUAUAUCUUCUGAGACUAGUCUUGAAGAUGAAACUGAUGAGGAUUAUGCAGUUAGAGGUACUAGAUCACUAACUGAUAUUUAUGCAAGGUGUAAUGUUAGUGUUGUUGAACCUCCAAAUUUCUAUGAAGUUGUGAAGUCUGAGGUCUGGAGAGCUGCAAUGCAGGAAGAGUUCAAUAUGAUUCAGAAAAAUGAUACAUGGCAGCUUGUGGAUCGACCAGAUAACAAGAAGGUCAUUGGUGUUAAGUGGGUUUAUAAGGUGAAACUUAAUCCCAAUGGUUCUAUAAACAAGCACAAAGCAAGGCUUGUGAAAUGCUGGUUUGUAUACCAACUUGAUGUUAAAUCUGCUUUCUUGAAUGGUUAUUUGAAAGAAGAAAUACAUGUGGAGCAACCUGAUGGAUUUGUUAAAAAUGGCACUGAAAACAAAGUCUAUUUGCUCAAAAAGGCUUUGUAUGGACUUAAGCAGGCUCCUAGAGCUUGGUACAACAGAAUAGAUGAAUUUUUGCUGAAAUUGGGUUUUGUAAAGAGUCUCAUUGAAGUCAAUCUUUAUGUCAAAGAAGAGGGAGCUGAUUUAUUGAUUGUUACAAUUUAUGUGGAUGAUUUUCUCAUCACUGGCAGCAAUGAAAAGUUGAUCCAGCAGUUCAAAGUUGAAAUGAAGAAGGAAUUUGAAAUGAAUGACUUAGGGAAAAUGUCCUACUUUCUUGGAAUGGAAAUCAGUCAGACUAGUCAAGGUAUAUUCAUAUGUCAGAAGAAAUAUGCUAAUGAGAUUUUGAAUCAGUUUGCAAUGGUUAAUUGCAAAACAGUCAACACACCUAUGGUUCCUUGUGAGAAGCUAAGAAGUGAUGAUGGUGCAGCUAAAAUUGAUGCAGGAGUAUAUCGAAGUUUAAUUGGGAGAUUGUUAUAUUUAUCAGCAACUGGACCUGAUAUAAUGCAUUCAGUGAGCCUUUUGUCUAGGUUUAUGCAUUCUCCUAGUGAAAUAUACUUCAAGGCAGCCAAGAGGAUCCUAAGUUGGAGUUCUAAGAAGCAAGACUCAGUUGCCAAGUCAACAGCAGAAGCUGAGUACAUUGUUGCUUCUCUUGCUUCAGAUCAAGCUGUGUGGUUCAGGAAAUUGAUGAAUGAUUUAAAACAACCUCAGAUACAUCCUACUGAGUUGUUUUGUGAUAAUUUAUCUGCUGUUGCAAUUGUUAAGAAUCCUAUUCUUCAUGGUAGAACCAAGCAUAUCAAGAUCAAAUAUCAUUCUAUUAGGGAGAUGGUUAAUGAAGGUGAAGUUCAGGUUUUGCAUUGUGAUUCAGAUGACCAGAUUACUGAUAUAUUCACUAAAGGACUGCAUAAGUUCAUAUUUGAGACACUAAGAGACAAGCUUGGGAUGAGCAGCAUUAGUGUCGAGGAGGAGUGAAAACAGCAAUGUAAAGACAGUGACACAAAUGCUGUCACACUAUUUUUUCAAUUUGUAGCAGUUAUUAGUUGGUUUUUAAUCCAGUUUGUUUUUCCAUUGUAGUGCAGUUAACUUUCAGUUUUUAGUAGUUUCUUUAUUUCCUUGUAAAAAGCAGAUUUGUUCAAUGGAAAAUUUCAGUUCUGCACUUACCAGAUCUUCAUCUCUUUGUUUACAAACUAACAAUAUCGGCCUAGAUGAGCAUAGGCUUGAUCAUGGGUAAGUUGUUUGCAAGCGUUGCAAAUAACUUGAAGCUUCUUUC